GGGUAUUCAAAUAUUAAUGGUGAUCCUGUUUACCAGCAGAGAUUUAAAAUGGUAGAUAAGCAUUUUAUAAUGGGAUAGCAAAAGUUGAAACUUUUGAAGGUAUGUUAGGACAAAUCGAUAUUACCGGAAAUGUAAAGUUUAGUAUUUUUGAUUUAGGUAAAGAAUCUCAAGUGCAUAGGAUUUCUGCAGAACUUUCAGCCUUUUGGAAAACUUACCUAACAAGCGUUGCUAUUGAACUUGAUUUGUUAAAUAUUUUACCUGCAACUAUGCCAGUUUUAUCUAAAAAGUUAAACAUUAUCGUACCAAAUCUAGAAAGGCUGUUAAGGGCGUUGUGGGAAAUAGGGUUUAUUGAUUACGAUAAGGACAAGGACUUAUGGCAACUAUCAUCAAAAGGUAAGUGUUUUAAGGAAAUACCAUUUUUGCCAAAAGCAGCAACGAUGUGGGCAAGAGUUGCCGCUGAAAAGAAUUGGUUAAAGAUUGCCGAUAUACUAAAACAGAAGUCCAUCUCUUCAUUUGAAUCUUUUAAGGAAAGAGAAGCAUCAGAAGAUAAGAAAAUAGCGUUUUACCAAGCAUUGCUAGGAUAUUCUAGGUUUGAUACUAAAGAGUUUAAUUCUAGGAUUAAUAUAGAUGGUGCUAAGAAUAUAUUUCUAUUUGGUGUACACUCUUUAUUUCUUGCUUACUCUGAUAUACACAAUAAAGGUUCUAUAGGCCUAUAUAACGAACAUAAAGUACCAAGACAGUUAGUAGAAAAUUUAAAAGUCAAACUUAUAACUCAGGAAGAACUAUCAGUUACAAAUUAUGAAUUAGGUGUCUUUUGCCGCUUUCUGCCGCAUUAUGAUGAUGAUAAAGUAUUAUCUUAUUUAAAAUUGGUCAAAGGAAUAUCUCGUAUUUUAUUGAUAGAAACUAUUUUAGAUUACCGCUCUCCAACUGGAGGCUCUGUAGAUAUUAAUGUAAUGGUUGAAACAGGAGGUAAACUAAGAACAUUAAGCGAUUGGGAAAAAAUAUUAAAACAAGUAAAAGGAUUCAAAAUUUUUGCUGUUGUGCCUUUAACAGAUUACUUAUCAGUCAUUGAUGUCAGGUAUUAAUCAUAUGGAAAUACUACAAAAAAAUGGUUUUUUUAUUAUCAAAAAUCUGGUUCCUUUAAAGCUAAUAACUCAGUCUUUAAGUGAUAUAACAAAUAAGAUAUCAGAGCUAUCCCAAGAACUAAGUGUUUCAACUUCUGACUACUUAAACUGUACCGGCAGAUGGGGCACGUCAUCUCAAGUAACUAGAAUUAUCUCUCAAGCAUUAGAUGAAAUUAUUAAAAAUUACCUUGAAAAGUCCUUAAGUACCUUCAGUGUCAGAUACUGCAGAAAAAAUCAAAUGUUAUAUGUAAAACUGCAGAUUUAAUAGAUGCAGUUCCCUUCCACCAAGACAUCUCCUCUAGUUUCAAUGAUCCUUACCACUUUUCUGUUUGGUUAGCUUUGAAUAAUGUAAGUGAAACUUCAGGUGCACUGCAAAUUAUAGAAAACAGUCAUAAAUGGGAAAUACAGCCUUUAGUUGAUUUUUGGUACCCAUAUUUUUUUGAUCAGUACUCAAAUAAUCGGGAAAAUUACAAAAUCAAGUCAUUACCUAUUUCAGCAGGAGAUGCAAUAGUUUUUUAUUCACGGUUAUGGCAUGGUAGUGAUAAGAAUACAGAUGCUAAAGAUAGAUUUGCUUAUGUAACAAGGUGGAUUAUAAAAGAUCAAGAUCUUCCCUAUGUGCCAAAACCUCAGCCUUCAGUUUUUGGUAUACUCAAUUGUGGUGAGUUAACAGAAUCUGUACUGAGAGAAUGCUUGUCAUUGUUUGGCUACCAGGAAAGUGUAAAAGCAAAAAACAUGGAAGAACUUAUCAAGAGCUGGUUAGCCUUUAUUACAGACACAACUACAAAUAUUUCUGAGAUCGACACUACUGAGGCUAAGCGAGAUUUAUAUAAGCUACUUAUUCUGAAUCGAGCAUCAGCACUACAUGAUGCUGGAGACAUCUCAGGAAAAAUAUACAAAAAUUUAUGGUUUUCACUACUUGUAUUUCUCAAUAAAAAAGUCAACGUAGUGGAGCUAGCAUUAUAAAUGAACAGAAGUAGAGUUGAUAGCUUCAAAUGUGUAUUGAUGUUCAUCUUGAAUAUAGUAUCUAAAUUCAAACUUAAUGUACUUAUAAUGUCUUUAGUUGCCCUGGUGGUAGCUGUUGAUUUGUCUUUUGGAAAGUAUUUAGUAAAAAAUAUUCUAGAUACAGCUGUAAAAUAUCAGGAAGGUAAUGUAAUUGAGAAUCUUUUAUUACCUGUAAGCGCUUAUCUUGGUAUGGCAUUACUUAUCACUACUGCUUUUAGAUUCUAUGGCUAUUUUGUUGACAUUCGAAUGUUUACCUUAAUGCGUCAAAAGAUAGCUGAUAUAUCUUUUUGUAGACUACUCCAACAAGACCAUUCCUAUUAUCAGAACAAUUUAUCUGGAAGCUUAGUACAUAAGGUCAGUAGCUUAAUGGAUAGUGUGAUAGAGUUAAUAAGAUUGCUUAUAGAUUGUUUUUUCGGUUACAGCAUAGCAUUAGUCUUAGCUAUUUAUACCUUAUCAUUAGUAAACAUAAAAUUUGCAAUCGCUACAUUCACUUGGGUAAGCAUUUUUAUUUUAGUAUCGAUUUUCAGCUUUCGUGUACUUACUGAACUAGCUGAUAAUUAAUCGAU